UUCCCAGCGGAACAUGGUGUUAACAUAAAUCUCGACCACAAAUUGCAACAACGGCGUAUGACGUAUUGAGUCGUUACAGGGCUACUCGGGCAUGACGCACUGCGUGUCGUUUACCAACGAGACCGUCGAUCGCUAAAAGGAACGGACAACAAGCUCAUCCCUAUUCCUCCCCGGCCAAGCAGCCGUAUGCUCAUAUGCUCGCAUGCGUAACAGGAGUAGGUCGACGGUUAAUUUGAUCCAAUUAUGUACCGCGUCUAAUUAACAAACACCAUCAGUUAAGCGCAAAUUUGCUUUUCCACAGUUUCCCACAAUCCCGGGCGCGCGCGCGCGCGUGUUUGUGUGUGUAGGGAUGCAGUGGAUGAGAUUUGUCGUCGGAUUGAUGCUGGCCGGAUAAUUGCCAGUCAACAGGUUGUCGUCGUUAGAUCACGCGAAUUAGACUGGACGCAGGUCCGAUGGUGUACCGCACAGGUGCUGUGAAAAUGUUUCCCUUCAACCGUUUUCGCCUGUCGUUCCCGCUUAUCCUGCUGCUCGUGUGCUGGCAUCUUCAGGCGCCGGCGGGUGUAAGCUCGCUCGAUCGCACGGACAACGCGACCGUACCGCUGGCUCGUGCCAAACGACUUAUAAGCUUCCCAAUCAAUGGUGGCUUAGCGAAGAUGAUUCUCGGAUUUCUGGCCCCGGUUCGUUUCCAUCAUCCACUGCCACGCAGCCUCAACCUCGGUAUCAAUGUGCAGGCCAACUAUGCGAUCAGUCCGAACAUAAUAUUCCCCCGGCCGGAGUCGAUCUUCAGCAAUCGCGAGCUGGAGCGCUAUGCCGAUCCGAACAGUCGGCAGCAGGUGUACGGUGCGCUGGAAAAGAUCCUGCAGAUGGUGCUGGGGACGAAUCGAACGGCACGCGAGUGUUUGCUGCGGACGGUGUGUGAAGUGGCGGACACACCGCUGCAUCAUAACGGGCUGGUAGGGGAGCUGCUGGAUGUGAUAUUUACGCCCCAAGAAUCGGAUGUACUGCCAUCAGAAUUCCUAAUGGCACGGAGGUAUGGUGCGAAUGGUGUUGAUUGUUUGCGAGUGUACGACUCCUGUCCGUGGGGUAUGGGAAUGCUAGAUCACGUGUCAACAAUUUUCGUUUAAAUCUUAACCUAUGAUAAUAACG